CUCCUCUCCAACCUAUUCUUAUGGAUUAAGAGUCUCAUAAACAAAUCGGGUUUAACCGCUCUUUUUUCGUACUUUAACUAUUAUUAUUUAUUCAUUAAUUAAGCAAGCAGAAAAAAUCAGCUAUGCUCAAAACGUUAUUUCUAUUAGGCGUAUCUGCAUUCGCAAGCGUGUUUCUGAUACUUGUAGGAAGAGAAUGGUACUGUUCUUCGAAGAAAAAUGGUCUCGCAAAUCCUCAUCUGCUAGUAUAUUUUGGUUCUGGAGGCCAUACAGGGGAAAUGUUGAAUUUACUUGGCGCUAUUAAAGAUCAUCAGUAUCCUGUACGAUCAUAUGUAGUAGGUGCCGACGACAAAAUGAGUUACUCAAAAGCAAAGGCUUUAAUAUCUGAUAAUCCUCAUAACAAGUCUUCAAUUUUCACAAUUCCUCGGGCUCGGUAUGUAAAGCAAUCGUGGUCAACGACACCUUUAACGGCUAUCUGGAGCCUUCUAUUUUCACUGAAAGUCAUUUUUUGGAAUAAAAACGGAAUCCCAGAUGUGAUUCUUUGCAAUGGUCCAGGGACAUGCAUAUUUCUAUGUUUGGAAGGAUACGUAACUAAGUUUUUUGGUAAACGUAUCCGGAUAGUUUAUGUGGAAUCGUUUGCAAGGGUGAACAAUCUUUCACUAAGCGGAAAGAUACUAUUACCGUUCGUUGAUCGCUUUUUAGUACAAUGGCCUGACCUCGCACUCAAAUACAAAGGUGCUGAAUAUGUUGGCAUUGUUACUUAAUUGGAUGUGUCAUGAUAUGUCUUUAUUAACGCUGCCAAAUAUGAUGAUUUUUCUAAAAGACUUAGAUAGAAACCAAAUCUGGAUCGACUAGGAUUUAGGUGAUUAUUGAAACAUGCGUUCUAUAGAGUACAACUUUCAUUUCAUUCUUUUUCAUUCCUGGUUUUUUGUUUGAGCCAUUCAAUUCCUUUAUGUUAGUUUAGAUCCAAGGCUAAAGCAUGACUACAAGUCAAACAGAGCAUCCUUUAAUACUUUACAUUCGGACAUUUUUUAGUUCACAAACACUAAUUAGCAAACUUUUUACAUGUUCCAAGUUCGCUUCAGCUUGUACCAUUGCCUUUUGGUUGUUUGCGUCCGUUACAUGGGUGUAAGCAUGCAAAACCCAUGCUUGAUCUUCUGCUAAUGGGUGGAAUGGAGGGUCAAUCGAAUGUAGUUGUGAAGGAAUUAAUGUUUGGAAUAACCUGAUAGUACAGUUGCUGGAAGCAUAUUCUAAACCUUGUACUAUGUAUUCAUGAGAAAAUCUAGAGAAAAGGUGAGCUAGAAGUUUGCAGUUUGUAAGCAAAAUAAUCAAAAUUCUUACUCGUAUCCAAGGUUUUCUACAAAUUCCAUAGGGGAGCCGUUCGUAAUUUUUGCCCGACUAAUUGGGCGAAUUCCGCACCUUCCUUCUCUCUUAGGUUCUGAUGUACCUUCUAAAUGAAUAGCCCUUAUUUAUAUUAGCUCCUUUUUCAUUUUAUAGGUUUGCUUACCAUUGUGCCUUUUGUAUCCAGUCAGACUCACUAUUUCCUAUUGUGUCUAAUUGACCGCAUAAUCGAAGCCAAUAAUCUGCCUGUCGAGGUAAAUUGAUUGGAACAUCUACAAACAUAUAUUAGUACUCUAAAAUCGACGUAGGUCAUCAUGGAGGUUCUUGAAUUUGAACCAAAUGAGGUAUUUUCCCAAAGCAUUGCUAAACCUACCUUUCGGUCGAAAAACCAUCAUAUACUCAAAAAUUAUUUUCGGUUCAUUGAAGAUUCUUAAGAGUGAAUUGGCGACAAUGUCUGAUCGUCUAGACGGUAUAACUCCAAUUAAGUAUAGCUCCUGCAUUUCAUCGUAUGUGGAACUAGUUUGAGCGGACUAACCAAGAAUUUGAAAAUGAGUAAAAUUUCCAGUGAACUAAUUUCUUAUUACAGUCGCUAUAGACAAACUGUAAUUCUUUGUUCACUUUGAGGAAGUCAAUAUCGACGAAAACAGGUGUGAUAUUUUCUUAAUGGUCAGUAGAAUAAUUCUGCAAAUAUUAUGAGAUGCGUCAAUGAACAAAUAAAUCAGG